GUACAACAUCCAGGAACAUACUGAGCUCAAACAUCAUCUUGACAUCUUCUCUCUGCAGUUUCCUGCUACUCCAUAUAAGAUACUCAGCGGACAACAUGAAAGUGGCCUUUGUUUUUGUUUUGCUCUUUGCUGCAGUUCUUUGCAGACCGCAAAGAAAAUAUUCUGACAGUUCUGCAGAGAGCUCCGAAGAAGUGGUGAGACGACCUGCGGCUCCGCUCUUCCGGAAAAAGGUGGCCGAAGUUUCACGAAUCCGUGCAGCAGCUAUCAGGGCUUUCCAGAGGUUUUUUUCAUCACCUGUUGCUGGUUCAGAUGAGAGCACAGACAGUUCUGAUGAGCAAGCAGCAGUGGACACUGCCGCUGUUGCCAUCUAUGAAACCACUGAUCCUGCUGCUUCAGACACGCCCCCUGUCAACAAUGAAGAUAGCGACGAUGACGAUGAUGAUGAUGAUGAUGAUGAAUCUGAGGAAAGUGACAGUGAUGAAGACGAGGAGGAGGAGGAAGAUGAGGAAGAAUCCUCAGAGUCGGGCGAGGCUUCAACCGUCGCUCCUGAGGUCGUGACCCCCGUCAUAGUGACAGAAGAGCCCCUGGAUGAAACUACAGAGGAGCCCCUGGUGCCCACCAUCAUCACAGACACAGACUCGGGUCGUGGGGACAGCAUGGGGGGGUACCCCGGUGAUUACAAGAGCUACGUCUAUGGGGAGGAGAAGAGCUACUCCAAAGGUCCUUCACCUUACAAGUCCUACCAAUACGUUGACAAAAAAACAGGCUACGACAUGCCCACUGGCAAUGAGGUGGAGAAGUCAUCAAAGGUGUACAAGAUGGAGACUUAUCAGGCACAUUCUGACCUAGAGGAGGAUAGCAGCACUCCUGAUGAGGAGAGCCAGAAUCUGGACACCUCUGGACCUUCCGAGAGCCAGGAUGUUGCUCCUGAGGAGGAGGAAGAAGAAGAAGAGGAGGAUAACGCUGGCAACGCUGAUAGCGGAAGUUCCAGCACCCCAGAAGAAGAGGAAGAGGAGUCUGAAACAGAGAGCAGCGAGGAGCCUGAAGCCUCUGACAGCGAUUCCGACGAGAGUGACUCGGAUGAGCACGGGAUGGGCCCCGAACCCACCACCACCAACUCGGUGGUCAUCACUGCCAAAUAAGUCAUACAGGAAGUGGGGUGUGGCGUCGCAUAGAUUGGUAUAAGACUCCAUGCCACAUUCGAGAGUAAUCUUCUGAGGCACUUUCUAAAUUUCGAUUAGUCCAAUCGUAGACAACCAAAUCCUCAUAGUGUAACCACAAGGUCGGUGUUGACAUGUAUCGAUAUAAACAGGUUGCACUGUAUCACAGAUCAGAGAUUUUUCUGCUGUAGGAUGAUCACUCUUGGCAUUCUGUGCUCUGGUAGGCAUGGUGACCUGUUCCCACAAUUCCAUUAAAUUCCAUUAAAUAACAAACAUGUUUGCAGUUACUUAAAUAUUAGCAAAUGGACAGGCAAUGUGCAAUUUAAGCCAAAUUUGUGUCAUCAUUUCACACGCGAUACCAUCUAUUAGCCUUGUAUGUGUGUUUAACUCAUGGCUGUUGUC